AACUAUUUAAACGUCAAAAUUUUUGUGAUCUAGCUGUCAAAGUGACGGAACGAUUGUUUGGUAGGGUAUUUAUUUAUUGGCCGAAGAAAAAGUUAAUUUGGACGGGUUUUGUUUAUCCUAUAGAUGAUACAAACUUAACCUAUUUAAUACAGCUUUGACAAGCCUCACUGCACCAAUGAAAAAUAAUAUUGCAAUGGUUUCAAAUGAAAUCUUGAGGCCUAAAGAAGAAGUAGGAUGUCGGAUAGAGUCCGGAGGCUAUUUUGGAACAGUUAGAUAUAUAGGGAAACUUCCAGACUACCCUGGAAUAUGGUAUGGAAUUGAAUGGGAUGAUCCGACUAGAGGAAAACAUAAUGGAACCGUAAAUGGAGUACAGUAUUUUCAAACCAAGCAUCUGACAUCGGGUUCUUUUGUGAGAAGAGAAAAAAUUAACUUUGGUAGGUCAUUAAUAGAGGCAAUUAUAGUUCGAUACAGUGGACAGGAAAGUGAUUUAAUGAAAAGGAUCCAUGAACAACAAUUAAUAAGUUUACAAAAAAGUAUAAAGGCUCCUUUUAUUGAAUUUGUUGGUUUCGAGAAAGUAAGCACAAAGCAAAGCAAUUUUGAGGCAUUAGGUAUAGUCAGUGUUAGGUUGCAAAACGUAAGUUUUAUUGGAGAACCCAACGAACUAGGAAGAUUGUGUCCAAAUAUUAGAGAAAUUGAUAUAUCAAGAAACUUGUUUACUUCUUGGGCCGAUGUUUUAAAUAUAUGUCAACAAUUGCCUCAGUUAUAUUGGUUAAAUAUUAGUGAGAACUUACUAGAACUCCCUGAGGAAAUUAAUGAUGUUUACCCUAAUAUAAGUGUAUUUAUUUGUGGCAAUAUGAAUCUAACUUGGACAGACAUAAAGAGAUUAUCAAAAAUCUUUCCUAACAUCAACGAGCUCAGAGCUAACAAUAAUUAUAUAACAGACUUAACUACAGAGGACAAAAAUAAUUUUAAUAAUUUAGAAAUAUUAGAUUUAGAAGAAAACCCAAUAAAGGAUUGGGAUGAAGUUAGGAAAUUAAAAACGAUUAAAAGCUUGCAAAACUUGUCAUUGGAUGGAACUGGUUUGGAAUCAAUUAAUUUUAAGACUAAAGAACAGACGUUGGAUUAUUUUUUAAAUUUAUCCAAAUUAUGUAUCAGCAAUAAUCUUAUUAGUGAUUGGUUGUCACUGAGUGAAUUAAACAAACUACCUAAUUUAGAAGAGCUGAAGUUUAUUAACUGUCCAAUUUUAAAGUCAGAAAACGCUGAAACAGCUAGUGCCAUAGUUAUAGCUAAAAUUCGAUCACUCAAGAUAUACAAUGGUAGGAUCAUAAACCAUGAGGACAGAAGGGGAUCAGAGUUGGAUUACAUGAAAAAAUAUGGUUUGGAGUGGCUCAGAGUCAAAAAUACACCUGAUCAAGUCAAGUUCUUAGAAGAGCACAACCGCUAUCUUGAAUUGAUUAAAGAGUAUGGAGAAUUGGAAGCUGGAGAACUCCAAAUACCAGACACGACAUUAAAGAACGCUUUAAUAAACUUGAACUUAGUAUACAAUGAACAAACGGUGAUUAAAAAGAUAUCACCCGCGAUGUUGGUGCAGAAACUAAAGAUUUUGGUGAGGAGGCUCUUCAAGUUGGACGAUUUUCCCGAACUGGUAUGCAUCACUGAAGAGGGUCGAUACGAGAUACCGCUGGACGACGACACGAAAGAAAUUAGUUAUUUUUCGGUGAACGACAACGACACGAUAAUAGUAAAACCGGCGACAAACUAAAUUGUAGCGGGUGGCCGCAAACAAAUUGUGAUAAUUACGGUGUAUUUAUAGAAACAUAAUCUAAGUUUCUCUAAAAGAUAUUAAAAAAUUAAUAAUAAACUACUUUUUUAUUUCAA